AUGCGUUUCAUGAUGUGCUCCGUGAACAUCGCUGGAAAUUUUCGACACCGACUUCGCCGCUUCCAGGCUCAUCAAUCGUCUUAUUUUGCUGGAAAAGAAUUCGACUUCUUUUCUAUUACCACCCCAGUGCCACGCGUGCUGCAUUGUCAACUUAAUCGGCCGGCGAAAUUAAAUGCUAUGACGUUAGAGUCGUGGAGGCAAGUAAGAGUCUUUUUACCGACAUUGUAUUUCCAGCGAGAUGCGCACAAUUUUCGAAAAAUUGCAUGAGGACCCGACCUAUCGGUGCGCUGUUAUUUCGGGAUCUGGUACAUCCUUCUCUGCGGGUAUGUGCUGGCAAACCUGACACUGCGUUAUCUUUUAGGCAUAGACUUGGUGUCGUUCAAGUCCAUUUUCGACCAAACAGAUGGUGAUGACCCGAGUCGUAUCGCCCUUAAGGUUCGAAAGCUCUUGAGGAACAUUCAACAGACAUUUUUAUCGAUUCAAAAGG